AUGGGACAGUGCCUGAGCUGCACCCGAGCUAGGGGUCACCGCCGUGCUAACUUUGCCCCGACGGUAGCGGCAGACGGUACAUCGACCGGCACGGGGGAGCAGGAGGAACCAGAGGAGGAGGAAGAGGCCGAGUCGCUCCUUUUCCCUCGCUUCAGUCGGGCAAAGGUGGACACUGAGAGCGUUGCACGCUUGCUUGAUGACUCCAAGGCGGACGCAAAGGCUCGUAUGGAACAGAGCCUGAAAACAGAGAGCAAGCGCGAGCGUUCCUCUACCCACAGCUCGUACACAGACGCGCAAGAAGAGUCGCAGGGGUCGUUUCGUCUCUCGAGAAGCACAAGCCGCUCCUUUUCGACGUCAUCCGAAGUUGAUGCCCUCAAGAGCACGCUCGCUGACCUGGAGGAACAGGUGAGCGUGGUCGAGUCUGAGGACGAUGCCAUUGAACUGCUCUGUCAUAUGGCGGAUCUGCGACGAGAGAUGCAGAUCGUCGCAGCGCUCCGACACCCGCAUCGCGCCCAGAAGAUUCACAGUUUGCUCAUUCGUCUGGAAUCCUUGAUUCAUCGCUUGCAGGCGUACGUGCUGCGGAGUCCUUCUCCUGAUGGCUUUCGUCGAGUCCGUGAAAGCAGCCGAGGCGUCCUCUUCCAGCGCGGUGCUGCAGCUCGAGUGCGGCCAGUCACAGAAAGGGAACGUCACGCUUUACCCCAUCGGUAUCUGAGUUUCAACAGCGCCACUUUUUACGAUUCGGGGGCCGUUCUUAAGAGGGAAUCAACGGUGCGAGACCAGUCGGGGCAGCUGCGUAUCGAUCCAACGCGUGGUGACGGCCGUUGCCUCUUCCGUUCGGUAGUACGGGGUCUUGCAUUCUACGCAGGCCUCUACCCCGGGUCGAAAUGGUCGGAACGACGUGAACGGCGCGAAGCAGAUAUCUUGCGAUAUCUCUGCGUACGAGAGAUGCGAAAGCAUCGAGACCUGUUUCUGAGAGACCAGGUCGUUGAAGAAGACUUUGAUGAACAUCUGCGACGCCUCGUGCACAGUGAUGAGUUCGCUGGCGAACCCGAGUUGCUCAUUCUGGGACCGCUCUUACAGACACCAAUCUGUGUCUAUAUGAGCACGGGAGAUCAAGCGGACGCCAAUGCUGCUAGAAGCUCGUCCAAUGAACGGACCAAGUCGAGUGAUCUAUUUCUGGUUGCCGUCUAUGGUCGCAGUUUCAUCGCUGAACCUGUGAGUUUGCGGUAUCAAUCGAUGCAUUAUGAUCUGCUGCUUCCGCGAAGCGAUCAUGAACUCGGGAAAACUUAG